AUGGCUGAGUCUGUAUCCGCAAAAUCCGAACCAGGGACCCCGGGUCCCAAGUAUCCCGCCCCGAAAGACAAGGUGUGCCAGUUUUGCGGCGUGGCCUUCACCUCGUCCUCGCUCGGAAGACAUCUCGACCAGUUCAUAAAAGACAAGAAACCGAAACCCCCAGACGAUGUUCACGAUGUUGAAGAGAUUAGGAGGUUACGUGGGAAUAUCACUCGCCGUCAAGCACGGAAUUCAUUGCGGGCAAGGAGAGAAACGUUGACCCCUGCCGGCACGCCUAAGGCAUCUGGACUUCGGGACUCAUCCAAUCAGACGAUAAAGUCGUCCUUUUCUCCGAAGGACAGCAACGGAUCCCUGAACGGAUGGGACAUGAAUGGUGACGGUACAAAUGGCGAUUCUACGGCGAAUGGCAGGAGAUCCGGUAAUCGAGCUGUAAGCCGGCACGCUCAAAAGGCCCAGUUCGAUGCGAGGAAUAAAAUGGCAGAAGCCAUGGAUAGGGCGAAGGCGGCCGAGCUUGCGUUGACGGAACUGCUCGGUUCUCUCAGAGCCGCCAAGAACCAAAUCGAUGCCUCGUCCGUCCCUUUCGACUUCAACCCCCUGACCCUCGAUUUCCCCGCCCUCACCUUGCAGUGCCUCCGUCCGCCCCCGACACUCUUCUCAUCUACGCAGUACCCUUCACCCACCUCGUGGUCCAUACAAGCUCCCGGUCACAGAGAAUUCGAAGCCCUCAAAUCAUUCUUCCGAGAAGAGUUCAAAGUCUGGAGGAUAAAAUGUGCGGCGGCAACAACAACCAUUACAGAAGAGAACCGAUUACUACCCAGGUCGCCGCUCCAUGAUGCCAAGGCGGAGAUAAGUAAAGUCGAGGAGCGCUGCGCGGAGCUCGAAUCCCAGAUCCAAGACCACCUUCAGUCGUCAUAUACCGUUUGGGAGAAACUGCCCGCACAGAGGAAAGACGAGCUUUGGCUCCUGGAGAUGGCUAGAAGUGUUGGCAGCAGACAUAAAGAGCUGGAGACCCUGCGAGAGGAACGCCAAACUAUGCUGCAGAGAAUAUCCCACCUGGAGUCCCAGGUGGAUCAGCUAAACCAAUCACAACAGCCCAAGGAAUUCAAGGUCCGGUCACCACAGACAAUCCCCAUUGACCCAAGGGCCCUGAACUACUUUUUGGAAGCGAGUGUAAAUGGUAUCAAGAGCGUGGGCAUGAAGCUGGAGGAUCGCCACGCGGAUUUGAAUACCCUUAUUUCUCGAGCGAUCGAUCGAUGGAAGACUGUAGUUGUCUCCCAGCGCUUGUCUGACAACAGCCUGGACGGCCAGAGACCGCUGCCAGAGACGGUGGCGCCCACUCCGGCACGAGGCACGCUUCAGGCGAAAGCCCAGCCGAAUCAGUCCAGAUCCGCGGUCACGCAAGAGAAUGCCCAGCAGUCCCCACCGAAACAGCAGCAGCAGCAGCAGCAACAACAGCAGUCCUUGAAGCGACAAUCGACGAGUACAACGGAACCCUUGGCCGAGAGCAAAUCUGCGGAACCCGAAAGGACUGCGGACUCUACUCCGGAUGAUUCUGACGCUGACGGUGAUGCUGAUGGCGAUGUUGAUAUCGAGAACCACAUGGAUGCCGAUGCUGAUGUGGACGCCGACGCUGAUGUCGAUGUAGAUGUGGACGUCGAUGGUGAUGCUGACGCUGAUGUCGACGGUGACGGUGAUGCCGAUGCCGAUGCCGAGAUGGAGGAUGAUGUUAGUUUCUCAAUAAUGCCGUCGGCUCAGCAGAUGCAGGCUCAGCAACAGCAGCAUCAUCAACAGCAGCAGCAGCAACAACAACAACAACAACAACAGCAGCAGCAGCAACAGCAACAGCAACAGCAGAUGCAACAACUGCAGCAGCACGCCCAACACCACCACCAGCAGGAUACCCUUCACGUUCCAAGAACAAGAGGUCAUGUCCAGAGACCUCCCGAAGGAGCUUACAUGAUACGCCAUACGGCGAGCAUGCCCAUUCCCCGGGGUGCUCUUACGGUAACACGAUUUAUCCCCAGCAUGAGUGCUGCGUCCACCAUGCAUGGCAACAACACGAUGACGAUGCAUGGAACCAACGGAGGAGACAGCAUGUAUAUAGGAUGA